GUCGCUCGCUCGCUGCGUGUGCGUGUCCUGGUGCUCUCCUAUCUCGAAACCCCAAAGCUGCUUUCUCUCUUCCCCCUCCAAGCUCCAGGACAUCGUCAUUGCAUCUUGGCGGCAGAGCGAACGAGAAGCACCGCUAGAUCUCGAGAAAAGCAGCCCUCGUCAUGUCCACAUUCCGAUUGACAAUCGAAGACGGCCAGUUCCGCGACGGCUACGGUAGACAAGUCGUGCUUCGAGGCCUCAACGUCGCCGCCGACGCCAAGCUUCCCAGCGAGCCCGACCAGCCCUCGCACAUCGGCGAUGACUUCUUCGAUGGCGACAAUGUCAAGUUCCACAACCGUCCUUUUCCCAAGGACGAAGCCCACGUUAAUUUCUCGAGGAUAAAGCGCUAUGGAUACAACACCAUCCGCUACGUCUUCACCUGGGAGGCCAUCGAAGCCGCUGGCCCGGGACGCUAUGAUGAAGAAUGGAUCCAGCACACGAUUGAGAUUCUGAGGAUAGCCAAGGAAUAUGGGUUCUACAUCUUCAUGGACCCUCACCAGGAUGUGUGGUCGAGAUACUGCGGUGGUUCUGGCGCCCCCAUGUGGACUAUCUACGCCUGCGGCCUCAACCCGCAGAGCUUCUCCGCCACCGAGGCCGCGAUCGUGCACAACACAUACCCGAAGCCCGAAGAGUUCCCCAAGAUGAUCUGGUCGACAAACUACUGGCGUCUCGCGGCCGCGACAAUCUUCACCAUGUACUUUGGCGGCAGGGAUUUUGCGCCAAAGUGCAUCAUCAACGGCAUCAACAUCCAGGACUUUUUGCAGGGCCACUUCGUCGCCGCCUGCGCACACCUCGCGAAGCGCAUACACGAGGCCGGUGACCUCGAGAACGAGGUCGUCAUUGGAUGGGAGAGCAUGAACGAGCCGGGCUGCGGUCUGGUUGGUUACCAGGAUAUCGGCAUCAUCCCCAACGCGCAGAAGUUGAAGAAGGGCUCGUGCCCGACGAUCUGGCAGACGCUCCUCACUGGAUCUGGCCGCGCCUGCGAGGUGGAAGUGUGGGACAUGGGCGGCAUGGGCCCGUACAAGGUCGGCCGUUCGCUGAUUGACCCCCACGGCGAGAUGGCUUGGCUGCCCGCCGACUACGAUGACUCGAGAUAUGGCUGGAAGCGAGACGAGGGUUGGAAGCUUGGGGAGUGCAUCUGGGCCCAGCAUGGUAUCUGGGACACUAACACAGACACCCUGGUCAAGAAGGACUACUUCUCCAAGAACCCUAGGACCGGGAAGACGAUUGACCACCCGGAGUUUACUAAUACGUAUUUCAUGGACUCGUACCGGUUAUACAGAGACGCUAUCCGGCCUAUUCACAAGAACUGCAUUAUGCUGAUGCAAUACCCGACACUUGAGCUGCCACCACAGAUCAAGGGCACCGCCGACGACGAUCCGAUGAUGGCGUUUUCGCCGCAUUGGUACGAUGGUAUUACUCUCAUGACAAAACGAUGGAACAGAGUGUGGAACGUGGACGUUGUAGGCGUGUUGCGUGGGCGAUACUGGCAUGAGGCGCUUUCUGUCAAGGUCGGGGAAACUGCUAUUAGAAAUUGCUUCAAGGACCAGCUUGCGUCCUUGCGGCAGGAAGGCUUAGACAGGAUGGGCAACCACCCAUGUGUUAUGACAGAGUUCGGUAUCCCAUACGACAUGAGCAACAAGAAGGCGUAUAAGACUGGAGAUUAUUCGGACCAGUCAGCUGCCUUGGAUGCCAACUACUUUGGUGCCGAAGGCUCGGGUAUGGAGGGCCACUGCCUGUGGGUUUACGUUGCAAAGAACACACACGAGCACGGCGAUCUUUGGAACGGCGAGGAUCUGUCAGUCUUUUCACUGGACGACAAGACACUACCCAUGUCGCCUCUCCCCCGCAGCCCAUCACCCAACCCGUCCUCAGACCUCAAGCGCAACUCCAUGAGCAGAGACGUCCCCGAUGAGUCGACCGUCACGCCGGAAAACCUACAGAGCACAAUUACGAACCCGUCGAUAUCAUCCGCCCCCUCCAAGGACCCAGAGCUGACCAACGCGCCGGGCCUCCGCGCCGCCGAGGCAUUUGUGCGGCCGUCCCCCUUCGUCGUGGCGGGCGACGUGCUGGAGUAUGGCUUCGACCUGCGCAGCUGCACGUUUACGCUCAAGCUCAAGGCCGCGGCGCCGCCAUCCGAGGAAGCGCCGACAGUGGUGUUCUUGCCCGAGUUCCACUACCCGCAGGAUAACUGCACGGUCGAGGUGUCGUCGGGCAAGUGGGCGAUCAGCAUGGACGACGACGAGGGCCCGCUUGUGCAGAAGCUCAAGUGGUGGCACGCGGAUGGGGAGCAGACGCUUCGGGUCACGGGGUUGGUGAGGCAGCAUAACAUUGUCGAAGGGUCCGAGGAGGAUAUGGGAUACCUGGAGCAGUGCCAGCAGAAUUACGCUAGGUGCAGCGUUAUGUGAAGAGUGGGUUACGGCUGGGAUGGGAUGGAACGAGUUGUAAGGCGAGGAUUAUCCAAAGACACGAAUAGGGUCCCCCACGCGGCCCGCCUAUGAUGUGAUGGUCAAGAGGUGGUUAUUGCAAGCAUAUUUUUUCUUA